UAAAUUAAAUUAGUCUUAUUGACAGCUAUAAUACAAGAUAUUUGUAAGAUGUAUUUCUAUUUUCUAGUUUCUAUUCAUAUUUAAGUGUUUUGUUUUGCUGUCUUCGAUCCUAUUAAUAUUCAAAAUAUCAUAAAUAAAUAUUUGCUUUAAUUAAUUGCAGUUAACUAAAUAACCAAUUAACUGCUGUUAGUGCUGUAUUUUGUAUGAAACUAUGAAUCUAGUUGUGGGAGCUAUUUUAAUUUUUCUAUUAGGUCUAACUGGCACCUCAUCUUCUAGAGUAUUAGAACUAAGUGAUAAAUUUAUUGAUAUAAGCAAUGAUGGAGUAUGGUUUGUCAAAUUUUAUGCACCUUGGUGUGCUCAUUGUCGAAGGAUGGAGCCUAUCUGGGCACAUGUGGCACAGUCUUUGUACAAUACCCCAAUUAAAGUAGCAAAAGUAGACUGUACAAGAUUUACAGCAGUAGCCACUCAUUUUAAAGUAAGAGCAUACCCAACCAUAAUGUUUAUAAAAGGUGAAUUUAGGCAUGUUUACUCAGGUGAGAGGGUUGAGGAUGAUAUGGUAAAUUAUGCAAUGAGGAUGGCACAACCAGCAGUACAAAAAGUAUCUCAUGCUGACAGCUUGGGAUAUUUGAAGGAAACACACAAUGUAUUUUUUGGUUACAUUGGAAAACAGCAUGGACCAUUAUGGGAAAUGUUUUCUGUUCAUGCUGAAAAAUAUCAAGCACAUAGCUGGUUUUAUGCAUUGUCUUAUGAAAUAGCUAAAAAAGACUUAAGACCUCCAAAUGAGACUGCUGUGUUUGUGUAUAAGGAAGAAGAAAUUUAUUACUUUAAGCCUAAUGCUGAUUUGCUGCAAGAUAGGGAUACCUUAAAUGUUACUUUAAACAAGUGGGUUAAUUCAGAAAGAUUUGGUUUCUUCCCAAAAAUAACAAGAUCGAACAUUAAUGAUUUGAUGGAUACUGAGAAAUUCAUUGUUAUUGCUGUUGUAUCAGAAAAUAAACUAAAAGAAAUAUCUCAGACUGAACGUGAUUUUAAGGAUAUGAUUGAAAAUAUAAUAAGAAAUAGGAAACAUGAACUCCAUCAUCGAUUUCAAUUUGGCUGGAUGGGCAAUCCUGAGCUGGCUAACUCGAUAGCCAUGUCAGAAUUGACUGUACCCCAUUUGAUAGUUCUUAACUCCACUACUAGUCAUCACCAUAUACCAGAUGAUGACCCAGUGCUUAUGACCCCAGAAGCAGUUUCGAUAUUCCUUGAUUUAAUACAUAAUCAAAUGGCACCCACAUAUGGUGGCAAUAGUUGGUUAGUUCGGAUGUACAGAGGAUUCUUUGAAGCUAGGACGACUCUUAUAAACAUGUGGCAAGGCAAUCCUGUACUAACAGCUCUCGUGUUUGGACUGCCUCUGGGUUUUCUUUCCCUAAUUUGUUAUUCUAUAUGUUGCGCUGACAUACUUGACGCUGAUGAGGAGGAAACUCCCGAAACUCACGAGAAAAAGGAUUGAAGCUGAUGAUAGCAUACGCUAAAAUAGCUAUGUAAGAUAAAAUGAUGUUCCAGUUUAGUUUUUUUACAGAACUGUAUUUAUUGUAUAAAAUCAAAUAAGCAACAACAAAAUAUGCUAAUAGCAGAAAUCUGAUUAAUUAUACUUAAUUAAUAACUACCAUGUAAUUAACAUUACAUGUUGUGCAAACAAUAUUGAAGCUAUGAAAUGGUGAUGUAUCAUCAUUAAUGUCAAAUUCACGAAUAAAUAUAAAUGUUUUAUUCGUAUAUAGAUAUGUAGUUAAAGUAAUAAAAAUAGUAAUUGAUAUUUAAAAUAAUUAGCCGUUAUUUUUGGUACAGAUAACAAGAACAAUAUUGCAAUUACAAGUGUCAUAUCGAAAAAUCUUGGUAAGGUACUACUAGAAUUUACAUAGAGUGCUUUUCAUUCCAAUAUUGCAACUGGAUCUGACCAGAAGUCUAAAAUAAACUUAACUAAAAACACAUAUAAUUAAUUAAUAUUAUUAUUAUGUAUAAAAUAUAUUUCUUCUUCAGUCGACGACGUGUUACGUCGUCAUAUUUAUAUCAUUGACAUGUAUUUAUUAAUUAUAUCAAGGUAAAUUUGGUUUUGUUGUUUAAAUAUGCUAAGAUAUAAAUCUUAGCUCUUUAUAUUUUAAAACUGCAUUUGUUUUAUUGUUCACACUUUAUGUGUCUAUCAUUUUACAAAUAAAUGUAAAUGAUUUCAUAUAUUAAUUCGUUUUAUGUCGUCUAUUUAUAUAAAUUCAAUAUAGAUAUAAUUUUUCUUAUUGAUCAUAAGAAGGCAAAAACCUUACUAUUUAUUUUUAUGUAAUAUGAUAAUACUAUAAAAUAUCGAGCUCAUGAUAAGUAAUUUAAAAAAAAGUAAAUAUAUGUUUUUCAACAUAAUUUAAAUUAAGUAUACUAAGCUAAUGUGAGAGAUAAAUUAUUUGGACAGCCCUUCAUCAGGCUUUUCCUUUGUGUUUUAUCGCUUCAUUAUACAUUUCCCAACCAGCGCGCAGCAUCUUAAAAUAUGGAAACAGUAUUGGCGCAGGGGGUAUAUGGGUAAUAUUCUUAAACCAUAGGAAUACUACCUAUAUUGUUGUGUACUCACAGGUACCUUCGGUUAACUUAUGGCACUGACAAUGUUAUAAGAGUUUCUUUCACUCUUUUUAAUAAAACUGCUUUGUCUUCCUUUAGUGCAAAUUCGCCAGAAGCAAUUCAUCGUUUCGACUGUUUCUUCGUCAACUAGUCCAUCAGACAGUACGGUGGUGAAAUCUUAUUUCGUCCCGGUUAUGAUACAUAUACUUAUAAAUAUUUUUUUAUCAUGAUGAGACAAUCUGUAAAUUUACUUGGGAGUAAUGAAAAACGAUGUAUUUGUUCCAAGGGGCUUAACGACGUUUCCUGGACAUUCAAUAUAACUUAUACUAUAAAACUUGUGGAAUCUUAACAAUACUGUAUCUCAGUAAAAGUACUGAAGUUUUCCAAAACUUAUUAUUCUGCACUAGAUACAAACAUUUAACAUUGUUAUUUACAUCUAUACUUGUUUUGUAGGAUACAAACAUCUAUAACAAAAUUUCAGAUUUGUGAAAUAGUGGCUUUAUAAUCGAUUGUAAUUAAUAAGAAAAAAUAAAAAAGGAUUAAUAGGAAGUUAGUACUUAGUUGUGUGAUGUAAUUUCUAUUUUCAAAGACCUAAUCUGGUUCACUUAAACCAUUUAUUUCGGAUAAUCUAUUGUAAGUAAUAUAAUAAUAAUAAUUUAUGUAUUAUAAGGCGAAUUCUAGUCUUUUCAAUAAUUUAAUUAAUCCAUUAAAAAUAUAAAUGUAUUAAAUACGUUUUUAUAUUAACGACUUUUAUUUUAUACUUCUUAAAGCUGGUUACCAUUAAGUCGGUCGGUCUGAGACAAGAUCGUCCCGAUAAAUGUGUAGUGGCCUAUGUUAUAACAGAACUAAAAAAACAUUGGGCUCUGAUUAACCUACCGACAAGGAUACAUUCAAUGGACUACGGAUAUUUCGCGAUUUUUCGAGUCGAAUAUUAUAAGCGUAUUCACAAAAUGUUUGCACCAAGAAGUACAACAGUUUCUACUACUACUCAGCA